GCCAUACAAUCUCCUCAAUACACCAUCGUCUACACUUCAGAUCCCCAUUUCACACUUUCUCUGAACCUACCAAGCAAAAUGGCUUCCGAAGACAACAUCCUCCAAACCAACGCCCUAGCCGUCCGUGAAUACAUCCACUCUCAGCCCCAAGAUGCCCUACUCAACAACCCAUGGGCAGUAUACCAAGCCCUGGACCUCUACAGUCGCACAGCCCGCCUCAUGAACUUCAAGCAAGCCAAGCUCAACAUCGCCCAAGAUGCCCUUACGACCAUGGAAACCGCACCCAAGGUCAUCCUCGAGUUCGGAACCUACAUCGGCUGCUCCGCCAUCGCCUGGGCCGCCAUCCUCCGUGAUCUCCACGGCCCAUUCGCCGAGGGUCUCCACGUCUACACGUUCGAGGUCAGUGAAACGGUGGCCGAAGUAGCCCGGGACUUGAUCCGGGUCGCGGGAGUCGAGGAUAUCGUGCAUGUGAUCGUGGGGCCGGCGUCAGAGUCACUGAAGCAGCUCGUCGAGGAAGGAAAGGUGAAAGUGAAGGGAGUCGAUAUGGCUUUCUUCGAUCAUUGGGAGAAGUUCUAUCUGAGUGACUUGCAGCUGUGCGAGGAUUUGGGCCUCUUCCAUGAGGGAUCCAGAGUCAUUGCGGAUAAUACGGAUAUUCCGGGAGCACCGGACUACCUGGAGUAUUUGAGGGCUGGAGGGCGCGGUGGGGAGGGAUCGGUGAGGUAUGAGACGGAGUCGUUCCAGUCUGAGCCUGUGAGCGAGAGGCGGAAACCGAAUAUGGUCGAGGUUUCGACUGUUGUGGCAGCCCCUUAG